CCAUGUAUCGCCACUUCUAUAUAAUCUGCACUCCUAUUCGCUCCCGACUUGUUUAUAUUCUUUUUUAUUAUAAAUUCCCCCCGGCCACCUAAAUCAUCCAAGCUCAUAAUCAACCAAACCAGGAAACAGACAAACGCUCGCUGCUUCACAAUCUCUCUCUAACCCUCGCCUUUUCUUUUCAGCAUUUUGCUUCUCUAUAUUUUCAGCGCUCGUGUGCUAGCUUGCUUCUAUUCUCUCUUCACCUGCCCUUCUCGUGAGCUUAUCACUCCCUCGCCGCCUCCUCAGUCCUCAAUCUCAUUCGAGUUUUCUGUUUCCCGAGACUGUCUCUUCCUCGGAGAAAUUAUGCGGACACUGGUCUUUUGUUCCCGUAUUUCCAGAACUUAUCUCAAGAGCUUCAACAACUCGAUGAGUACUGUAAAACCCAUAAGCCCAAUGCUUCAAUGCGCAAGUGGAAACAGCUGGAGUUGGCUUUAUGUGCUGGAUCUGGAAAAGCAUGAGAAAAGGAAAGAUGUAUGGAGUAGUGACCUAGCUCAGUCUUCUGCCAUGUCGGAGUAUUUGGAUUUGGCAGCAGAAGGAGACCUAUUCAAAGCUCCUGAACCUGUAAUUGAAGAAACAGUCAUAGACUUGGAUCCUAUGAGCGCAGCCAUUUCGAUGAUAUCUUGUGGGGAAGAUGUUGUCACCUCGCAGGGACUAAAACCCACGGACUCUCUUCAACAUGAUCAGCUCCUGAGCGAGGUUUUCUAUGAAUGCAAAAAAGAUAUGUUAGAAAAGGAAGCAAUUGAGUCACCACUGUCAGAGAUUCUGGAAAUCAAGGUUCCUGCUCUGAAUACAGAAGAGAACCAAGUUCAAGAAAGCCAGCCAUUUCCUGGCUUGCCAUUGCCAAAAAGUGUGAGUUCAGAAUGUUUGAGCUCAAUGGACUGGAUGCAAGGAACUGCAAUGAAGCCUGCUUUUAUUGAUUUCCCAGGAAUUAAUUUCAGUGUAGAUUAUGGCAUGCGGAGGGCAUUUAGUGAAGGAGAUAUAAAGGCUCUUGGUAGUGGUAAUGUGCACGUUGUCCAAUCUACCUUAGAGAGGCCCUUUCCUAUCAGUAACUGUACCAGUGAGGAACGCCGAGAAAAGCUCUCUAGAUACAGGAGUAAGAAGACAAGGAGAAAUUUUGGCCGGAAAAUCAAGUAUGCUUGCAGGAAGGCUCUUGCUGACAGCCAACCAAGAAUCCGUGGAAGAUUUGCCAAGACUGAAGAAUUUGACUCAAGGAGGCAAUGUUAGCCUGAAACUGGUUCAUUUGAAAGAAAGUAGGAAAAAAGUAAUCAUUCCCGAUCAAGCUAUGCAUGGAAGAACUCGAGAGUACCAUUGGCCUAGAAGCAGUAGACUUGGUGGGAUUCUAAAACUUUGAUCAAUUAGUGCUAAAAAUGAAAUAAGCAGGACUUGCCUUGAACUCCAAUGGGGCAGUGUAGUUGAAGUCUCGUGUAUUGUAAUAACCUUUUCUGUAGACGGAAAUGACCUUCCAGGCAUGUACAUAGGUUUGUUGAAUAAAAGAAAGAAUAAAAAUAUUGUAUGGUGUUCAUAUAUUUGUGGAA